CGAGAGAGAAGACUGGACUAGGGACGGUUCAGCUGCCCAAAGCACCCGCUGCCGUGGACCUGGACGGCACUCUGCACCACUCGCGCUUCCCGUCCGCUCCCCACGCCUGCACAGCCAGGUAAUGAAGCCUCUCGGAGAGGGACUCUGGUUCUGCUAGGCGGACCCACAAACCCGGAAAAGCACGCGGCACAGCUCAGAGUUAGAACCCGCUGGACCCCCGACCCCGGGCUGGCGCGGCCGGCAUGUCGGAUGCGCGGAAGGAGCCGGACGAGGCGGACGACAAUCAGUGCGACUCCGGCAUAGAGUCGCUGCGCUCUUUGCGCUCCUUGCCCGAGCCUACUGCGGCCCCAGUCUCCGGAUCAUCUCACAACAGCUGCCCAGAGCCUUGGAGCCAUCCUCCGGAGACCGACAAGGAAGCAGGGGAGAAGGAAGAUGCGGAUGGAGAGCGGGCGGACUCCACCUAUGCCUCCUCCUCUCUCACCGAGUCCUUGCCCUUGCUGGAGAGACCCGAAGCCGAGGACCAAAGCCCGGCCCCAGGCUCGCCGCUGCCCGCCGCGGGAGUGCUGAGCCCUCAGCAACUCGAAGCGCUUACAUACAUCUCUGAGGAUGGAGACACGCUACUCCAUCUGGCAGUAAUUCAUGAAGCCCCAUCAGUGCUGUCCUGUUGCUUGGCUUUCCUGCCCCAGGAAGUUCUGGACAUUCAGAACAACCUUUACCAGACAGCACUCCAUCUGGCCGUUCAUCUGGACCAGCCAGAUGUAGUUCGGGCACUGGUGCUGAAGGGAGCCAGCCGAAUACUACAGGACCAACAUGGUGACACAGCCCUGCAUGUAGCCUGUCAGCGCCAGAAUCUGGCCUGCGCAUGCUGCCUGUUGGAGGAGCAGCCAGAGCCAGGCAGAGAGCCAUCUCAUCCGCUGGACCUCCAACUGAAGAACUGGCAAGGUCUGGCCUGUCUGCACAUCGCCACAUUGCAGAGGAACCAACCACUCAUAGAACUGCUGCUUCAGAAUGGAGCUGACAUCGAUGCGCAGGAGGGCACCAGUGGAAAGACCGCACUGCACCUGGCCGUGGAAACCCAGGAGCGCAGCCUGGUGCAGUUCCUGCUCCAGGCUGGUGCCCGGGUAGAUGCCCGCAUGCUGAAUGGAUGCACACCUUUGCACCUGGCAGCUGGCCGGGGCCUCAACAGCAUCUCAUCCACUCUGUGUGAGGCUGGUGCCGACUCCCUGCUUCUGAAUGUGGAAAACGAGACCCCGCAGGACCUGGCUGAGGAUCUCCUUUAUUUGCCCUUCGAUGACCUGAAAAUCUCUGGAAAGCCACUGCUGUGUACUGAUUGAAGCCAGGACCCAGGACGAGCCCCUACCUCUUCCUACCAGGAAGCUGGAGCCACAGUCGCUGCUGCUGUUGGGGCCCAAGCAAUGUGCCCUUACGCUGAGGCCAGAGCCUUGGGGGGGUGUAGUCCUAAACUGAGAUAAAAAGGAUUGCAAAUGAAGAGGAGCCUGUCUGGAAGGAAGAGGUUCCCAGGUGGACUGGAUAGAGAUUUUUGAAAGACCCUCCAAGCCCCCUGGGUAUUCUGAAUGAAGCCUCCUUGCUUCUGUUGAAGAUGGCGGCGUGGGCUGAAAUUGCCAACCACCAGGAAAACAGGGAUGAGCAAACCAGACC